CGCGGCCUUGCACACGGAUGCGUGCUGAUCGGAACGAACAUUUGGGUUAGAUAAUCCAAAACGCAAAAACGGUUAUCUUCGCUUAAAGAAAUUUUCAGUUCGAUGCUUUGCUUCAAACAUGCGAGAAGAACGGACUCCCGGACACUGCUCGACUUUAUCACGAGGAGCAAUUACUCCAGACGUAGUGACAAAAGCACGAAUACCUACAAGGUCGUGCAAACGAAUGGUGAAAACUUGGAUGAUGUGGACGGUACCGUUCUCGGAAUAAAUUCUAAUUGGGAGCUACUGACACCCAGAGGAUUCAGGUUUUAUUUACCGGGCGGCAUUGGCCCUGGCUGGUCGGAUGUCACUACCACAGUUCAAGUCAGAGCACAGCUAGUUGACUUUUGUAAUGACAAUGAACGAAUUUCGGUAAACGAUACAAAGGAAAAAGCAGCUCGUCGGCUCGGUCGAUUGAAAAACUGCAACCAAAUGCUCCAUUGCGUCGCCCAAGAAUGCCCUUUGUUAUUGCGGAAAGGUGUAGAAGAGCUGUUCCCUGGAUGUCUAGACGUUGGCUCUCCGCAGCUCACCAUAAUCACCGUUAGUCAGUCGAUCAAUGCUAAAGUCAUGAGAUGGAACAAGGAAAUGGAAACUGAGAAACUAGCCAAACGCUUCGUAUUAGCAGCUUCAGAUAUUUGCGCGAAAUUGAGGCAAAUGGGGUAUUGGGCAGACUUUAUCAAUCCGUUCAGUGGUCAGCCGCAUUUGAAUUCGCAAAAGAACAGUACCCUUUACAAGACCGACGAGCGAUUCCGUUGCUUAGGAUUUAAAAUAUUACAUAGAAACAAUUGUAAAGUUAUUUUAUACGAUAAUAACGUGAAGAAUUUUCUUGGAAGUCUCUACACCACGGCGCCUGCUAGUACAGAGUUUUUAAAAGAGAUCUUACGGGACUGCGAUUUUGUAAAUCUUAACGAAGCUUAAUAAUAGACGGGAACGGAGGGAGGGAGGAGAUUUUAGAAGAGUGAUGAAAGGAAAGAGAAGUGUCCGGUAUAAAUAUCUUUAUUUCUGUCGUCGAAAAAUAACAUUACAGUUCGUCAAAGAUGUAGCAUAAAUUUCUUGUGUUCAGUUGUAUUGUAUGAUUCUAAGAAGAAAUAUCGUUCGAUACAAUUGCCAA